AAACUCAAGACAGACAGACAGACAGAUGAAUGCAAAAAGAUUAACACGCCAUGACCAACCACAUUAGUAUUAGUAUUAGUAUUAGUAUUAGUAUUCGCAUUCGUAUUCGUAUUCUUCCCGAUAGCCAGCCGUAAGUAAGUAAUCAGUAAAGUCCCUCCCUGUCCCUGGCCUUGAGCAGGCAGAGGAAAUAAAAGCCUAAUACAGUACCCUAUAUAGGUGACCUGACCUGACCUAUCCACACAUUGUUAUCCUCUCCUCUCCUCUCCCAUCUCCUUCCUCCCUCUCAAGGAAAGCAUCAUCGGCAGCGCUCCCCCAAGCAAAGCAAAGAUGGGACUGGGGCACGAGGAGGAAGAUGAUGUAAGAAGAGAUCCAACUCUCCCACCACUAACAACUACAACUAGUCUUCCGCCACUACCACUACACAUACCAAUACCAUCAACAGCCACGAUACACUCCCCAGACCAUCCAUCCACACCACCCCUGCAAGCCCCCGUCUCAGUCCCAUUCAGGUGGGAGGAACUACCUGGAAAGCCCAGAUCCUCCUCCUCCUCCUGCUGCUGCAACACCAACACCCCACCUCAACCACCACCACCCUUCAAGUUGGAGCUUCCACCCGCCAACAAAUUUAAAUUUACCAGGACACCCUCCCCCGCCACGGUUCUUGAUGGGCCAGCUCAUGUGGGCAGACCUAAGUUCUCUUCCUUCAGAUGGUUUAGGGAGCGGGAUUUCUAUGGAAGCCCUCACGGGAGUAGCAGCGGCAGCAGCAGCAACAGCAUUAUUGGUGUGGAGGAACUGCUUGGGAGCAGCAAGCAGAAGAAGAGACGAGGAGGCUUCUUUGGUAGAAUCAAGAAUGGUAAGAGGGUAGUAGAUGGAGGGAGCAGCUGCAGAUUUUCGCCUUCCUCAAUAUCAUCACCAUCAUCAGCAUCAUCAUCAACAACAACAACAACUGCAACUUUUGACAGUGAUUGUAGUGGUAGCAGCAACAAGGCUAAUAAUGCAAAGAGCAGUGGACUGGCACUGGCAGCAGAUACUAGCAUGACAACAAACGGGAGCUUUUCCAGUGUUCCAGCUUCUAAGCCUUCUCACUUCUUGGCAUCUAUCUACCAGGGUUUGAAACAAGUUAUACAGCGGAAGAGUGGCCGAAAGUCCAGCAAAGAAGGGCAAGAUUAUUGAAGCAUAAUAAAAAAUAUACUUUGCCGCUUAUAUAUAUAUAUAUAUAUAUAUAUAUUGUGAAUCUGGUGUGCGCCUUUAUCCGUUAACUCUGAGGUGGUUUGUGAUAAUGACUAUAUAUAUAUAUAUCAAUCAUAUUUCGUGUU